AUCCAAGGGAGACAACUGAUUUCUCAUGACUGGACUUUUUUGCCCUCUUUUUUGAAAUUGCACGCAUUUGCCGGUAGCUUUCAGAAGAGGAAACUCAACAACCACCCCGAUCAGUGCUGCGUCUCCGCAUCCAAGAGCAGUUCUAUAAGGACUUAGCACCACUUGGAGGAGCUGCAUGCAGCCCUUCAGGAAAGCAAGCCUCCGUGGAUUUCUCUGGAGUGGAUUAUAAUUUAGAAGUACUUUUCCUGCUUGUGCAGUCCACUCAUACAGUGAAUUAUCAUCCGGCCCGUUUACGUGUCUCGGUAUUGCGGUACUUUGCUGACGACUUGCAGUAUAAAUGCAUCGCUAGUAUAUCGGCUCCACUGCGCCAAGAAGCCCCCCCGCCUCCUUUUUCUGUCAGCGCGGCACUUUAAUCACUUCGCUAAUUGAAAUUUGGGACGUUUGCUUGGAUUAGUGCCUAGAGAUUCUCUUUUUUUUCUUUGAUCUUGCUGUUUUUCUUCUUCUUCUCGUAUUGUACUUUAGACCCUCCCUCUCCUGCCUCACUGUCACCCUUCCUCUGCUGCCAGAGUCAGUUCAAACAGCUGCAUAGAAGAUGUCUGCCCCAGAUGCUGCCGCCCCUGGAGCUCCAGGAGCCCCUGGUGCAGAUGGAGCCCCAGCUGGCCCACCUGCCGGUCCACCUAAUACCUCCAGCAACCGCAGGCUACAGCAGACACAGGCCCAAGUUGAGGAGGUGGUGGAUAUCAUGCGGGUGAAUGUGGACAAGGUUUUGGAAAGGGACCAGAAGCUUUCAGAGCUGGAUGACAGAGCAGAUGCUCUUCAAGCCGGAGCCUCCCAGUUUGAAAGCUGCGCAGCCAAGCUAAAGAACAAAUACUGGUGGAAGAAUUGCAAGAUGAUGAUCAUGAUGGGUAUCAUUGGGGUCAUUGUGGUUGGAAUAAUAUUCUUGUACUUCUUCUACUGAGCUCUGCCCAUCAGUACAGAUGGAUAUGGACUUGAGAAUGAUAUGAGAGGGAAGAGAAAAAAAGAAACCCAAGCGCCCCCUUUUAUCCGCCCUCUCCUUCCUCUCUUCACAGUCUUCCAUCAAACCAUCUUGCACUUAUACUUGACAGUAGUGUUCAUAGUGUCCCCGCUCUCUUUGUCCCCUCUCCUUGUUCCUUCUUCCCCUGUUUUACCAUGAAGUCUCAUUCACUCUCUCCUGUCUCUGCACCUCAUGUAUUAUUGAAGGACACAGCAGGCAGAGUGAAAGAGGAAGAAAGAAAGGGAAGGAGGGAGGGAGUGAGAAAAUUCUUGGGACACGGGAACACACAGGGGCUAAACCCUCUGAACGGAGCUACUGGGAGGGGAAAUGUACAAUGUACAGAUGUUGAAUGUGUGCAGGGAGAUUGAACAAGAGUAUGCAGUCCUUUCUACCCCAGAUACGUGUUCAAAUUACCUUUUUUGAGAGUCCUACAUUUGUAAAUUGGUACUGACAUGCCUAACUAACACACUCUUUCUGUCACAACCGCUACCGUCAUUGCUACCUACUAACACAAAUUCAUGUUAGAUUAAGAUUAUGAACAUUUUUGUUGUAUGUGCGUGUGCUUAUUUGUGAUCCAAAGCAUUGUAGCUAAUAGCUUUUCCCAAGUUUAGCUGAUAGGCUUUUAUUAGUAAACUCUUUGUUUUCUUUCCGGCCUAACUUUCUCUUACCUCUUGCAAAGCUCAGUAAUAACAAUUAGAAAGAGACUCUGUGAGAGUAAAAGGGCAAAAAUAAGUGAUUCAGGGGAAGAUAGUAAGAGUAUUGCAGCAUUUCCCCCUAUUUAAAUAAAGCAAACUAAAUUCUGGCCUGAUAAGCAAUUAUUGAUAAAGUAGUUGUAUAACUAUGCUUCAUUUCACCUUGGUUUUUGAAACCACAGGUAGUGGCAUAGUAAUAUGCACAGCAAGACAAACAGACAGGCAGCCACUAACAGACAAUCUACUUUGUACAUGAGCUGACUGCUCCGACCCAGAGGAAGGUGUCUUAACUCUGACUUGGACAGGGUCACAGCCAUAGACAAAUGCCAACUUGUUUUAAAGGUUGUUCAAACAAAGCGAUUCUUUGAUUGUUGUUUAAGUUGACUUGAGUUUCAAAAAAGUAGGAAAAUCGGGGAAAGGACAUGAUUUAGAAAUCUAGAGUCCCCUGGCCCUCCCGCUCCCCCUUCUAUCACAUAAAAACAGACUUACCUGUCACCUGCGGUAUGGUAAAGGGCCAAAAUGAGGACUUUGUUUCUAACUUGCAUGGCAAACGGUGUCAAUAGUUUUGCCUAUUUGUGUGACCUGUGUAUCUGCCAUUUCUGAAUCUAACUGCCGAUUGUACAUUUUCUUUUGUCAGUGGUUUAAACGACCUGUGUAUAAUGUCUUUCUGAUCUGAUAACUAAUGCUUAUGCAAUACGAUGAUGCUCAAGAGUUUGCCAAAUCUUGUUAAUUUCACUUGCUUUUGAGAGAAAAAACAAUAUUCAGAGACUGCAAACAACUCCAAUUACAGUGAACUGUUAAACAUGUAGUAUUGUAUGGGUAGAACAAUAGUACACAUCUGUCAGAUUAUACUUCUGAAAACAUGUUUAUAAAUUCUUUCAGGUUUUUUGGGGAGGGUUGUCUGAUAUAAAAGAAAAGUAAAUUUUCUCUCUCUCCUCAGACUUUGAGAGUUCAAAAAAUUAAGAAAAUAUGAACAACCUUAUGCACAAAAUUGUAGCAGUUAGCCAUAAUUAUCUGAUAUUGUGCAACUAUUUUUAUUAGGUAAUUACCACAUGAGAUUUGAGGACAUGUUUUGUGAUUUACAACCUGAAAAUGCAGUGAGAGAUGCAACUGGAAAACAAAUGCAUGCUUACCACUUUUGCUGAUGCCAAUAAAGAAAUCAUCAACAGAA